AUGGAUAUCUCUCAAGAACACCUAAAACCGCCGCAGCGUUCAUCCUACCGCCCGUGGAUAACCGCCUCCGUCGAUGGUCUCCACCUUCCCUCCACCCAAACGAAGGUAUCUGGGGCCGCCCCUCGAGAUGAGUUGGCUAGGAACGAUCCGGGUGGUCCCGAUGCGCAGGGCCCUGUCCAAUCAUUGAAGAUUAGGAUUCGACGGCCUGCUACCACGGCUCCAGCGGCUGAGAUUUCACCGAUGAAGGGAGUUCAAUUAACAUUGGCUCCAGCCCCAGAUGAGUUUUCUGCUUCCAACCCGGCUCCGGCGGUGCGGUUCGCCCCAGAAAAGCGUGGCCGUCCCCCUCGCAAGGUCCCCGCUGCGUCAUUGGACAUAUCCGCUUCGUCCCUGGCUCCGGCGGUGCAGUUCGCCCCAGCGAAGCGUGCCCGUCCCAGUGAGGCUAUAUCCUCAUCGGAUGCCCCUGCUGCGACAUUUGAUAAUCCCCCAGCCAAGCGCAUCCGUCCCAAUAAGGUUGAGGCCGCAUCCCAACCUGUUGCCCAGGCUUCGCUUGUUGGUAUUCUCCCAGCGAAACGAAAGGUUGGCCGUCCCAAGAAGGCCGCACAAGUGAACACCUCAUACACUUUUCGUCCGGAACCUUUGAACAGUGCUGAUUGGGAGCGUACCCAAGCACGGUCUCAGGCCUACUGGAAAGACCAUUGUACAGACAAAGGCGGUGGGCCUGGUUUGACGCCAAAUCCGACUCGGCCGGCCGCUCCUCCUCCACCUGCACCUACUCUUCAAGACAAGUGUUUCCGGCCGAUCAAGAGACGGCCAACCGAGCCAUCGACUGCAAACCAGGACUCUGCAAACCAGGACUCGGCAGCCCACGAGGAGCUGCUCUUGGGCUCCACAGCAGCAAGCAAGCUGCUCUUGGGCUCCACAGCAGCAAGCAAGGUCGUUGCCUAUUGGAAGAACAGUCAGGCUCCUGCUGCCAAUGUCAAAGCAAAGCGGGCGGGUAGGAAGAAUCGUGGGAAGGCUUGA